UGCAGGGAGAAGACACAGCUACAGACGUACAUUAGAUUUGAGGUUAGAAGUAGAAGUUACUGUAUUUGACCACAAGUGUGUUAAGAUGUCAGAGGGAGUCUAUGAAAUGCCAGAUGGAUUUGAAGACGAUGAGCCUGAUGCAAUGAAGAACACAGACAUUGAUGGCCAAGUAUAUGCCAACGUAAGAGACUUCAAGCCCAGCCCAGGAGAUGGAGUUGUUGCUUCAGAGCCUGAUAGCUCAGAGAAGAGAUCCUCCAGAGUUGUUGCAGUGUGUCUGGGGCUGCUGUGUGUUCUACUGGCUGGGAUCAUAGGCCUGUCUGUCUACUAUGAUGGGGUCUCUAAGAGCUUCAUAGCCUAUAAAACCAACUCAUCUGCAGAGAUAGAACAGCUACAGACCAGCUACAACAACCUGACUAAAGAGAGAGACCAGCUACAGACCAGUUACAACAACCUGACUAAAGAGAGAGACCAGCUACAGACCAGUUACAACACCCUGACUAAAAAGAGAGACCGGCUAAAGACCAGUUACAACACCAUGACUAAAGAGAGAGACCAGCUACAGACUGAGAGAGAGUUUCUUAACUGGAGGCUUAGCAAUCUCAGCUGGAAGAAGUUUGCAUCCAGUUGGUACUUCCUGUCUACUGAGACUAAAACCUGGAAGGAGAGCAGAGAGGCCUGUCUGGAGAGAGGAGCAGACCUGGUGAUCAUAAACAGCAGAGAGGAACAGACAUUUCUCUUCAACCUCAAGAAGAGAGUCUGGAUUGGUCUGACUGACUCUGUUAAGGAGGGGACCUGGAAAUGGGUGGACGGCACCCCACUGACCACAGGGUACUGGUAUGCCAAACAGCCUGAUAAUGCAGGUCCUACUGGGGACGAGGACUGUGCUGAGAUACACGAAGAUCAGAGUCCUCUAAAGUCAUGGAAUGACAUGUCAUGUGACAGCAAACUCAACUGGAUUUGUGAGAAAGUGUUUUAAAAUCACCAUGACAACAUACUGUACCACAUACACAGUGCACAGAACUUCCUCCUCUGCCUCUGUCUCUCUGUCUUUGUCUCAAACUCAGGCACACAAGUAUAUUAA